AUGGCUUGUGCCAACUCCAACAACUCGGGCCAUGCCUCCGCUCGAACAGCUAUAAUUCUCUACGGUUCAGAAACAGGAAAUUCCCAGGAUGUUGCCGAGGAGCUUGGACGCCUGGCGGAGCGGCUGCACUUCUUGGCGCAUGUUUGCGAACUAAACGCCAUUCUACCUGAAUCUCUAAAUGACUAUGACGUGACGAUAUUCGCUAUCUCAACGACUGGACAGGGCGAUAUCCCUGCCAACGCUCGAUCAUUCUGGAGGUCAUUGCUUCUAAAGAAACUUCCGCCAACAUUUCUCUGCGGGGUGAACUUUGCGCUGUUUGGAUUGGGGGAUAGUUCGUACCCAAAGUUCAACUGGGCGUCUCGAAAACUUUACAAAAGACUGUUGCAGCUUGGUGCCAUUGAGCUGUGCCCAUGCGGUGAAGCAGAUGAACAGCAUCAGGAGGGCCUCGAAGGCACCUUCAUCCCGUGGUCGAUAGAUCUAAGGAACAAUCUAUUGAAGAAAUUUCCACUUGCGCCUGACCGACAUCCUUUACCGGAUGACGUCCAGUUACCACCGAAAUGGGUACUGGCGCACCAAGAUUCCAAAUCAAUAGAAGGCGCUAUUAUGUAUCCGAGCGCAGCGCUAUCGGAAGCUCAACCUAGAGGACAAGGAUCUCCCAGCAUCCCUUCGAACUUCUCCAACGACCUACGACCCAUCCCGAAUACUAUCUCUGCAACAUUAGUGGCGAAUGACCGACUCACACCACAAACCCAUUGGCAAGACGUCCGUCACCUUAUUCUAAAGAUUUCCGAGCCAAUUCGAUAUGUGCCAGGCGAUAUCCUGUGCGUAACUCCCAGGAAUUUCGACAGUGAUGUCAACUCCCUGAUAUGCAUGAUGGGCUGGGAGAGUGACGCAGACACCCCCUUGUGUUUUGUGCCCAAUGCUACAUACGCGUCAGCCAAUAACGCACCCUCUCCCGAGAUCCCAUUUCUGUUGAAAUCGCCCGGCUUUACCCUCAGAAUUCUACUCACGGACUAUUUAGACAUAAUGGCAAUACCACGACGAUCCUUCUUUUCCAAUAUUGCCCACUACACUGAGGACCCCAUGCAUAAGGAGAGACUCCUGGAGUUUGCAAAUCCAGAAUACAUAGACGAGUUUUACGACUACACCUCGAGACCCCGUCGGUCCAUCCUCGAAGUUCUGCACGAAUUUGAAUCCGUGAAGAUCCCUUGGCAAAACGUUUGUACAGUAUUUCCUACCCUCCGCGGACGGCAAUUCAGUCUUGCCAGCGGUGGGAAAUUGAAAACCCUUAGAAGCUUACCCGGUGACAGUCCAACAAAUUCUGGCACUCGCUUUGACCUCCUCGUCGCCAUCGUCAAAUACCAGACAGUAAUUAAAAAGAUUCGUCAGGGCGUAUGUACGCGCUACCUUGCGGUGCUUCGUCCUGGUAGCACAUUGAAAGUCCAAGUGCAAAAAGGUGGACUGACUUCCUCAAUGAGACAGUUCUUGGAACCUACAGUUCUGAUCGGGCCUGGCACGGGUGUCGCGCCACUGCGCUCAAUACUAUGGGAAAAAGCCUCCAUGGCUACCACAUAUCGAGAGAAACAUGGCCUUGACGUACCAGUACCCAUAGGCCCUAUUAUCCUGCUGUAUGGCGGGAGGAAUAGGAGAGCAGAUUUCUUUUUUGAAGAGGAAUGGGAGGCGUUGAAAGAUGUGCUGGAUCUUACGGUAUUGACGGCGUUCUCAAGAGACCAGAAACAAAAAAUAUAUGUGCAGGACCGCAUUCGUGAGCAUGCUAGAUUGAUUUCUAGAAUACUGCAUGAUUUGGGUGGCACAGUCUAUAUUUGUGGGUCAUCAGGUAAAAUGCCCCAAGCGAUUCGGGAAGCGCUUAUCGAAGGCUUUCAGGAGCUUGGCCAGGAAAACGAGUCUGGUGAGAGGAAGAAGUACAGUCGGGAGGAGGCAGAGAAGUAUUUGAUGGACAUGGAAAAAGUGGGACGAUAUAAGCAGGAGACUUGGUGA